AUAGACGCGCCAAGGAAUAAUUUUUUCAUCGUUGAGCAGUAACCUCCGUCUAUGUAUGGUGUUAAACACUGUUUGAUACUUACAAAGAAGCUAACGUGCAAGGGCACACUUUUUGUGUGCAUUUUCUUAUUUAAAGCAAGUCGCUAUGCUGCUUGGGAGAGCGUGUGUUAGCUGGCUAACGUUAGCGAGCUAAUGCUAACUCUAUCGGGGACUUAUCUUUUUUUGUUUUGAUUUUUGUUUGCUAGAAUUAGACAGGAGGAGGAUUUGGUUGAUAGUAUUUUAUUGGAUUUUAUAUUUGCAAUAUGCCUGUUGGUUACAUGAAGUUACAAGUUACAAUUAUUAUUGAUGGAAGCCGAGACGUCUUGGAUGCUAAAACACCAACAAUCUUUUUUCGCCCAUCAAGCAAACUAGCUUAAAAAGUAAGGGUUAAGACAAUCAGGGGCAACAUACAGCUGCCUCCACCACAGUUUCCUAUCUUGAGUGUGACUCGUCUGCACGACGUCACCAAUGCGACCAUGGGAAAUAGCAGUAAAUAGGCUGCCACCAACAGCCCCCUUGAACCCGAGGAGAUUCCUUGGAGAACCUUGCAACGCCCCCGUGCACCUCAGGAGAAGCCCACCAGUGAGACGCCAGUGGGGGAGAAGAGACAGGCCUGUACUGCACGUGUCCCCGGUCCAGGAUGAGAACUUCCAUCAUCUGCUUUUCUCACAGCAUCACCAACAGGUUCAUUUAGAUGAGUCCAGACAGUACAGCCACACCAGCACAGCACCACGCAUGCUUCACCCUGCUGCUCACCUGCCCCAGCAGAGCCCCAUCAUGGUUGAUUUACAUGACCAGAUGCACCAGGGAUCAGUUCCAAUAUCAUACACUGUUACAACGGUGACAACCCAUGGGUUUCCCAUCCACACCGGGCAGCCCCUUCCAGGGUGCAACACUCAGCAGCUCCCAGCAUGCUCGGUAAUGUUCAGCGGACAGCUCUCUCUGCUCUGCUGCCUUCCUCCUCCUCUUAUACAGGCAUGUACCAUGCAGCAUAUACCUGUGUCUUAUCAAGCCUUUCCGCCCCUGCUCUCCAGCGAGCAUUUUGUAUUACACCCAACCCCAUCUGCACCACCUCACCAGCCACCGCACCUUACUCCUUUGAGCCAGUUUGUCCCUUUACAGCCACAGCAUCCGCGCAUGCCUCUGCAGAGGGUUGAAAAUGAAGUUGACCUAAGAGGGGACCAGCACUCAGUCGGCACGUUCUCAUAUCCUCCCUCUCACCAUCCACCAGCGCUGCCUCCUUCACUGCCCCUACAGUAUCUUCCUCAAGAGCCUCUACAUCAGGAGCUUCCCUUUGGAGUGCCAUAUCCUCAUGUGCUGCCACGGCGAGUCAAUGGACAGAGAUAUCGACUGCAGCAACCUCUCCCUGCUCCUCCUCCCCCUCCGUCUUACUACCCAGGCUUCCUCCCUUACUUCCUGUCAAUGCUUCCCAUGCCGCCAACGGCUGUGGGCCCAGCCAUCAGCCUCGACCUGGAUGUGGAUGACGUGGAGAUGGAGAACUAUGAAGCGUUGUUGAAUUUGGCUGAAAGGUUGGGUGAAGCAAAACCUCGAGGUCUCACAAAAGCAGAUAUAGAGCAACUUCCGUCCUACAGGUUCAACUCAGAAAAUCACCUUUCUGAACAAACGCUGUGUGUUGUGUGCUUUAGUGACUUUGAGUGUAGGCAGCUACUUCGGGUAUUACCUUGUAACCACGAAUUCCACGCCAAGUGUGUGGAUAAAUGGUUAAAGACCAAUCGCACUUGUCCUAUCUGCCGAGCCGAUGCUUCGGACGUACACCGGGAGGUGGAGUGAGAACGGUCUUGAGUUUUGAACUGGAUUGCCAGACACAUUAAGGCCUGUCUCCACGUGGGGAACACCUGCCACCUAACCCGUGUUCUCCAGUAAAUAUCGCUUAACAACCCACUGUCCCUAAACAGCAAGCAAUCCAGGACCGUCACUGGAGUGUGUUGUACCUCUGCUGUGCUUCAUUGUCCAAGUCUCAUGAAACCCACUGCCUACUGCAGCCUUUGGCUAGAGUUCUGGGAUUAUACCAGCCAGUUCGUUCUCUGCCCCCUUGUUGCAGAUUCCAAAGAUUUUCCUUACAAUGCAUCGUUUGCUGCUUUUGUUUACAGGGUUUCAUUUGUAUUCAGUGGAUUUGCUUGUGGCAUUUAUAUAAAAGUGGGAGUCCUGCUUUGGAGGGGAGCAGCCGGAAGCCCGCAGGAUGAUGGGCUGGACACUUUUGUGCAAUUAGCAGAAAAAAUAAUAGGAGUAUUUCGCUGUGGGUAUCUGUGUUUGGAGGCGCCGCCUAACCAUCAUAGAUGCAUGUUUGUGUAGGUGUUGGGCAAAGUAAUUUGUUAAUAAUAUAUGUUCUGCAAUAAUGUUUUGAACCGUUUUACCCCUUACUUGUUUAAACUUUGCCUUUUGCUAUUGUGAAAGUGUGACUCGCUGUGGUUCCAUGCAGAUUCUGCUGAGCCUGAGGUCAUGGACAUGCAGCUGCAGGGAAUCUUCUGACCCUGAUUAUCCAAAUGAGGGGGGGGAAACCGAUCUGUACAAAAGCAGUCGUGUGUUAAUGGACUACAUCUUUCGGAGGUUACCCGGCAUAACCGCACAAGCGCUACGUCCGCCAUCUACGUUAGCGCUCUGCUGGCAAAUCUGUGCGCGUAUGUGCAUAUUUUGUGUGUGUGUGCGCGUGUGAGUGUUUGUCCUGUUCACAGAGCCAAUGCAUUGUGUAACCACUGGAUACAGGACAGCAUGCUAGGAUUUGCAUGAACUGUUGAUUCAGACUAGCAAUAUUUUAAUCAAGCAUUGCCACCAAAAUUAUCCAAUCUUUAAAAAAAAAAAAAAAAAAGAGAAAAAAAAGAAUCAAAGACCCACACUCACACAGAAAGCGCCAUGUAGGAUAACAGUAUGUGUGCACGCUGUUAAAAGAAUAGCUCACCUUUAUCUAAAGUGUCUGGUGACGCCAUAGGCCUGUGCAGAAAGCAAUAUGUGCUGUGAGUUGUGAGUUUAACCGAUCGUUUUGUUCUUUUUCCUUAUUUUAGGGCUGUUCUUGUGUUUCGUUCAUUUGUGAGCCAAAUCCAAUAUCCGCAUAUAGCCUACUGUUGACAUUUCUGAUAUGCCUUUUUAUGACCUUGACAAGCACAAACCUGUUACUCUGAGAAAUCUGUGUCAUUUCCACUUGCUGGAAAACGUAUUUGUUUUGUUUUUAAGAAAAAAACUAAACAAAAUGAAUUUAUUUAUUAAUCUUUGUUAUCCUUAAGUUUGGAGACAUUUUGCGUUUGGAUAUUAAAAUCUGGCAUCUUGGUCUGGUCAUGUUCUAAGGCCAUUAGCAGUGGUGUUGUAUAAGCAAGUGUAUGUAUAGCUUCAGUGUGAGUGCUUUUAGGUAAACAUUGGAAGACAGAAGAAUGUUGAAAACCCUUGUAAAGUCACUGGUGAUGCUCCGUGCAGCACCCAUUGGAUCAGAAUGAGCUGGAGGAUCGCGCUCAGACUCACGUCAGGCCCCUUCUAGUGUUGACGCCAGAAAACGUAGGGAUCUGUUGGGAGGAAGGUGGCACAGUGACGAGCAAAUUUCUGUUUUUGAAUUCACUUGUUUCUUAACUGCCCCACUAAGCACUAACAGGCAGUUUUAACCUUUGCUUUGACGCAGAAAGGCAUUUUUUUUGCCUUGUUUUUUUGGUUUAUAUUUUAUUUCGUUAAGUGAAUGUGAGUCUUUAACGUGUCCCACGUUCAAGAGAAAAAAAAGAAGCCAUUUAAUGACUUAAACCCACAGCUUUGAAAAAUAACCUAUGUGUACAUAUCUGUUCACUGGCAUAUAUUGUACGUUUUAAAAAAAAAUCACUCAGGGCCUCUUGGUAUAUAAAAAAAAAAAAAUUAAGUAGAGCAGUCCAUUUCAAAAGGAAAGGAUGCCAUGAAAAGGGUAUAUCUGAAUUUAGUUUGGUCCUUUUUCCUUGGAUCAUAAAUGAUUUACUGUAGUUGAUUAUGAUAUUCUGUUUUGUCUGAGAUAGUAGAAUAUUACACCACUUAAAGACAGGCAUGCAGGAAAAAAAAUAAGAAAAAAGAAAUCAGCAAAUAUUCCAAAAAAAAAAAAGCAAUGUAAACAGCAGCUCAUUUACAAGUGUAUUAUUCAAGCCUGUUUGACUUUUGUUCAUGUACUCAUAUGGUCAGACAUGGCGGUUGUGAUCUCAUCUCUAAACGCGCCACGGUGCACACUAUCCUACCUAAUUUACUCCUAAAUCGACUUCAGAGGUAUUUGCAUGUCUUAAAAGAGGGGGAAAAAAAUAACAAAUAGAGAAAAAAAAAGUGUGAUAUAGUUGAGGAAAAAUCUCCAAAUCUGGUGGGAAACAUAUUUAACGGUGCACAAUAUGCAUGCUUGUCGACCAGAUCCCAACUGAUUUUUAGCUUUAGUUUGCUUUGGGUUCUGGGGGUUUGGAUCUUACCGCUCAGCUGAAUAACUGCCAUGCAUUGUACUGCACACAUUUGUAAUAGAACUGAAUGACUACAAGAUUUUAUUGUGCUGACUUCAUUUUAUAAAGAGGGGGAAAUAAAAGAAAAAAAAAUAUUCUUGAAUCCAGAAAUUCUUACAUACGUUGUGUUACUGUUCUUGCCCUGACGACUGAAAAUGACAUGCUCUGAAAAACUACUGUAGUUGAUCCAAAAGCCAUAGUGAAAAGGUGCUAGAUGUUCUGCUUUUAGGUAUGGAAAUCUCACUUGCGUGAAUGCAAUAGUUUGCCAUGGAUCUCAUGUAUUCUUGAAGCAUGUUAUAUCAAUACCCCUAAACAAUGUCAGUGAAAAUCAAUAUAGUUUAAGGGAUUUAAGAGAAAAAAAAUGAAGAAAAAAAAACAGGAAAAAAAGUGUUGUUAUACUUAUUUCAGUGUAGUACUGUACCUGCCUAUCAGGCUCUUGCUCUGAGUGUAUCAAUAUCUUAAAAUGUAUUGUUCACAUAUAGAUACCUUAAUUCAUGUUAAUGUUAGCACUAUUCUUUUGGAAUAAAUAUUUGACAAUGUCCAGCUACCCUGUUAAAUAUAAAGAACUUUCCAUUAAGGCCUAGUUAAUGAGCUAAUUUUUGCGUGGAAAAUGAAAAUAGAGUCUUGUAGUCUUUCUGUUAAGACUUAAUAAAAUCACCGUUUGUGUGGUGCAAAACUUUUCCAAUAAGCAGCUAAAGGUUUAUUUAGGAUUGGUGAUUGACUGCGCUGUAGAUGCCAUUUCUUGUUUACCAAUGAGUUCCUUUCACUGUGGUGGGACGGUGGUUUUAUCGUGGACUCUCCUCGGCCUUCAGGGGUCCUCGCCUGAACACCAGACUAACCCCCCGCCCACCCACCCAGCAGAGCCAGGGGCAUGUGUUCUGUGUUAGACUGAUUUUUUUUUUUUUUUUUUUUUUUGCUUUGGUACUUGCACAUUUAAAGUUACCUCAUAUGUUUUUUUUCUUUUCUCAAUGUAUUGGGGGUGGGGUGGGGGGGAGAAAACAACUAAUAUAUAUUAUAUAUAGGAAAUGGUUCUUUGUUAUCAUUUUUUCAUUCCAUCGGAAUCAUUGUUUGUAGCAUUUAACAUAACUGGUUAGUGUAUUAUAUAUACAUCUGUAUACUGUUUGAAAUUUUUAAGAUUUGUACUUUUUUUAAAUUAAAGUUGCUAGUUAUGCUUUACCAAGUAGUGCAAUCAUAUUUUUUUUAAUUAUUGUGGCUGAUUUGAGAGGGUUGUUCACUAAUAAAUGUAUGAUGUAUACCAA